AUGGCUGCCCCCGCUCCCUUCCAACUCUCUGCAAGUCUCCUUGGGCAUGCGAUGGAUGUCAAGUCUGUUGUGGCUCCGACGGACGAUCUAAUACUGAGUGCAUCAAGAGAUACGUCGGUCUUGCUCUGGUCCCGAGUUGCCCCGAACCACUUCACCGAGUCCGCCAAGUUCACGGAGCACUCGCACUUUGUCAAUUCGCUCGCAAUCUUGCCCCCCUCAGAGCUCUUUCCAAAUGGUCUGAUCGCCAGCGGCGGCUCCGACAAGAUCAUUCAUCUGUUUGAUCCGUACCACUCGCCAUUGGAGCCGGUGUACACCCUAACUGGUCAUGAAGACAACGUUUGCUGCCUCUAUGCCUCUCGCGAAAGUGGCAGGCUCAUCUCGGGCUCCUGGGACAAGACCGCCAAGGUGUGGCAAGAUGGCAUCUGCGUUGCAACGCUCCGAGGCCACACACAAGCAAUCUGGAGCGUGCUUGAGAUUGAGCCAGGUGUUGUCCUGACAGCUUCUGCCGACAGAACGAUCCGGCUUUGGCAUGGCGAGACUUGCACCAACACCUUCCGUGGCCACAACGACGCCGUGCGAUCGCUUGUCCAUUUGCCUGGGAUUGGCUUUGCGUCGGGCUCCAACGAUAGCACGAUCUUUAUAUGGGGCUUUGAUGGCACGGUGAUUCGCCAGCUCCAUGGACACACAUCAUUCAUCUACUCUCUGGCAGUAACCCCCUCCGGCGAACUUCUUUCCACCGGCGAAGACCGCACCCUGAAGGUUUGGAGAGACUUUGAGUGCAUCCAGACGAUUGCACAUCCGUGCGGAUCGGUUUGGUGCGCCACGGCUCUUCCCAACGGUGAUAUCGUUUCUGGUGGAAGCGACGGCUUUGUUCGAGUCUUUACUCGCGACCCUGCAAGGCUUGCCGAUUCAGAGGCCCUCAAGGCGAGUGGCAAUAUACCAAGGCUAAACGUGUUUGAAUCGGCCAGCAAUCAGGUCGGGGAUAUCGAUAAGAAUAAGCUCCCCGGCGCGGAGGCUCUUGAGCGCCAAGGCACCAAGGAGGGCGAGGUCUUGAUGGUCAAGAACGGCAACGUCGUCGAGGCUCACCAGUGGAGCAUGGCCGAGGCGACUUGGAUCAAAAUCGGCGAGGUGGUCGAUGCCGUUGGCUCUCAGCGAAAGCAGCUCUUUGGUGGAAAAGAGUACGAUUACGUCUUUGAUGUCGACAUCGGCAGUGACCCUCCACUCAAGCUGCCGUACAACGCCUCAGACAACCCCUACGCCGCUGCCCAAGAGUUCAUCCACGCCAACGAUCUCGAUCAGGACUUUCUUGAGCAGGUUGCAAACUUUAUCAUUCAAAACACCAGCCCUGCCUCGAUUGGACAAACGAGCACAUCCUAUUCAGAUCCAUUCACUGGUGGCUCCCGGUACAUUCCCCAAGCGACCCAAGCCGCUCCUCCGGUUGCUAGAGCCUACCUCCUCUUCCGACAGGCAAACUACAGCGCCAUGACAUCCAAGAUUCUCGAGCACAAUGCCAAGAUCGGCCAGGACCCUAGCACAGCGAGCUACGCACUUGAUGCCGGCCAGGAGGCCUCGAUCAAGGCAAUCUCUGCCAUCUUGCAGGACCGUCUCCAGGAUGCAUCGGACCGACUCUCGAUCUUGGAUAUGGCACGCCUCUUGGUCCUUGAUAUCGCCGUGGACAAGCUGUUUGGGAGCCAUAAAAUCGUAUCGAGCUUGCGGCAGAUUUGUUCGGUUGACUCGCUGGGGGCGCGGCUCCAGAAGGACGAAGAGACCAACUUGAUGCUGGCUCUGCGAUUGCUCGCCAAUGCGUGUGGCACCCCGCAGAACAAAGGCGUCAUGGCAUCCAAUCUCGAGCAGGUUUGCAAACUCCUGACCGACACUUGGCGUGACACGGCCAACAAAAACCUCCGUUCUACCACGGCCUCGCUGAUUCUCAACCUGGCGGUGUUGCUAUCGGAGGUUGCCGACGAUUCGCUGUCGGUUGAUCUCAUCUCGCUACUGUUGGAGAUUAUCAAAUCCGAAACGGCCAUCGACACCCUGCAAAACUGCUUGCUUGCUUUGGGCACAUUGAUAUAUGCAAGCGGCUCCGGAAAGGAGGCCGCUGGUCUCCUUGAAGCACGCCAGAUCGUCAGCUCGCAUCCGCUGAUUGUGGUUGGGGACAGCAGCGAGUUGAACGCCGUGUCGCGGGAGCUGCUUGCGCUCCUCUAA